AAUAAAUCGCAUAGCAAAAUAUUGAAAUUAUAUUUUUUUUUGCAAAAGUUAAGAAUCAUACAGCCAAAAUGUGCAGCGUAUAGUUAAAGACAUUAUUAAUUAACAAUAUUUUUUUAAUCAUAUUAUUGGCAACGGUUUAGUGUUUAGAUGUCUCGUUGCGACUAUGACAUUAUAUUCUAUAGAGUUUUUUGCGUUACGCUUCUCGGAAUCGCGUUAAUAUUUACCGUUAUACUAACUAAUGUGUUUAUUAAUAUUGAUGGACUGUUAUCAAGAACUGAAACAUCGAAAGAUGAUACGGUCAUACAUGAUACAGCCAAUAUGCGUUGGCGAGAAAAACUCAGUGAUGUGAAUGUUCGUAAAAAUGAAAUGCAAUACGAUGAUGGUGAAGAUGAUGAAACACACAGGAAUAAGAGAUCAAUUAUGGAAUCAACAAAUUUCAUGUCUCAUGUAAAAAACCCGAAAAUAAAGGAAAUAUUGACCAACAAACUUGCAUCUCUUCUAGAACAAUUGGACGAGGAAGAAAUGUCUAAAGCAGAUGUAAAACCCGUUAGUACCGAUAACGCGAGUGUUUAUGAAGAAAAAGAGAGAGCCAAGGAAAAAGAGAAGGACAAAGAAAAGGAUAUAGAAGCUAAAGAUAAACAAGAAGAUAAAGAUAAAAAUUAUAUGCUGCACCUAGCUAUGCAUAAUAUAUUAUUACAAGGUAUUAUCGGGCACAUGGAUUUGAGAGAUGUUUAUAAAAAAACACAUUUGUUAAUGAAGGUUUUUUAUGGCGGAAAAAAUUACGAUGCAAAAUCGCAAACCGAACAUACAUCAAAAGAAAAUCUUCGUGACACCGGUGAAGUAACAGAAAAUCCAUGCAACGUAGAGGGGAAUUUUUUGAAUGAACUCCUCAAUUGUCAAACAUUAGAACAUGAUAUUCAGAAAGGUCUCAAAAAUUAUAGUAAUGUAGAUAAGAAAACCAAUAUGUAUACAGUUGGUAACGGACACGACAACACUAAAAAUGGAACGAAAAAGCAACAAGAACCAACAUUAUACAUAAAAACAAUCAUAGAAAUAAAUGACAGCAAGAACAUUGCUAAGGAAAAUGAUUCGAACUCAAGAGACAUCAGAGGACUUAUAAAAUUGAUAUAUAAUGGUAAAUCUGUUAAGUUUGACCGAAUUGAUGAUAUACAAUCAGCAAACGAUCAAAUUAAUCGCAUUGAAGAAGUAACAAUAAAAGAUGAACAUCAAUCAGAAGCUGUAACACAAACCAAUGUGAUUAAUACUACUAAAGAACAAUGGAGUUCUGAUACAUUGGUAAAAAGUAUGAUGGAAGCAUUAAUUAAGCAGAAACCGUAUAUACAUGAUCAUAAUCUGGACGCCUCUAAGGGAAAACGUCUAAAACGAGAAGCAAAUGGUUUUCACAAGAACCAUAACGAGAUAAAAAUUAAGCCACCACAUAAAAAAUCUAAACAAGACGAUGAUGAAUUAUUUAUAGAAAUAGAAACACAUUUUGAUGGCAAAGGUACGAAAGGUGAAAAGAAAAAAAAGAUAGUACGCAAUCUAAUAGAUAAAAUCCAAAAAGCUAUACGUAGUGAUUUAUUGCAUGGAAAUAAAAAGAUAGAAAAGUACUUAAAUAUCGCAAAAAGACAUCAAGAUCCCAUUGAAAGUAAGCGCGCUAAUAUAAUAGACCAUUUAAAAUUUACUCUAGGUAAUAUACAGCACAGACAAGUUAAUCCGAUUAGUAAAACUUCAUACAUACAACAUAUUUUAGAUAAGAAUGGCAAUAGUUGGAGGCGUAAAGAUUUGAUGCCAGCCUUUUUAUCCAUCGCGAAAUCAGUUAAUUCUGCCGAAUUGAGUAAAGUCCUGACUGACUUCGAUAACGUGGGUGAAAAUGGAAUUCCAGAGCGUUUCCAAAAUCCAAUGAAUGUAAAAUACAGAGAUGAAAUUAAUGUGCAGAGUGCAGAAAAUUCCUCAAUUUUCUUAAAAGAUAUCGAUGGAACCGGUUUUUCUAUUGGAAUUAAUCAAUAUGAAGGUGAACCUCCGGAUAAAGACAGCUUGCAACUGUUCAAUGGCUUAGAAAGUUUAAUUCGAGAAUUUCAUAAAAGAUACGAUAGUAAUUACAACAAUGAUACUGUAAUUCAAACAGAUUCAAGUAGUGAGAAUGAGCUAUUCACUAAUAGGGAACAGAAAAGUCUUAAUAACUUUCAUGGAAUUUUUAGGCGUUCCGUAGAUAAUAAAUCAAACCUAUAUCGAAACUUUCUUGAAAAACUGCUUUAUCCAUUUUAUACACAGAAUACACAAGUUGAAAAAUUAUUAUCCAAAAAUAAGCUUUACGAAAAUUGUUCUAACCCAAGUAUUAUCAAUAUAAUAUCUAAGCCUGUAAGGAUUAACGAUUUAUCCAUUGCCUUUAACAAUAAUAUUUUCAAUGAAAUAAGGCCUCUUAAAAAUUCAAAAUCUAUGAGUAUAUCUAGACGCAAAAAACGAUCGCUGAAAAUCAAAAAAAUAUCAAAUAUGAAUUCAAAAAUGAAAAUGAGUAAAUAUAUGAAUACCAAAACUAUCCCUAAGAAGCUUUUAUAUAUAAAUAAUAAACGACAUAAAAGAAAUGUCAAUAAAAUAAAAAUCAUCGCAAGAGAGAGGCAGGAACAAGAUGAGAAAUUGAGUAGUGAUAACAAAUUUUUAAUUGAUGGAGGAAAACACUUCUCGAAAAAUACUAAUUCUAAUCAAGACGAACCUGGACCUCUAGAAUCUUUACUUUUAGAUAAUACACACAAUAGCCAAGUGAAUCCAGUGGAAGAAGAUUUACCUUUUGGCUAUCCCGAUACGCCUUUUUUAAGUAAUACAUAUGAAAAAAACAAAUAUUACGAACCUCAUCUUAUGGAAAAAUAUCCACAUAUCAUAUUUGGAGAAAUGUCACCAUCGAAUGAAUAUACUAACGAGGAAUCAGAAACACAGCAGCCAAACAGAAUGCAAGAGAAAUUUAAUCAACGAAUUCAACCGAAACAUUCAGUUCCAUCUGAAAAUGUUCAAUUUAAGUUUAAUGAUAAUACCGGAAUCGCAGACAUUAUAGGUGCUCUAGUGCCCAAAUCGAAGUUCAAAUUGUCAGUUAAAUUAUCACCGAAAAAUAUAAGUGACAUGAAUACGGGGUUUAAAGAAAUACACACCAGUGUUAACAAGAGCUACAAUAGAAAUGGAGUGCAUUAUAUAACAGUUCUCAAUGUAUCACAAAUUUCUAAAAUAGAAAAUAUAAAUAAAACAUCGAGCAAUUCAAAUUCAAACUUAGCUAAGCUACCAAUAAAUGAAGCUCUGGCUACUAAUUUACAAGAAAGAGAAGACAAAAUGAAGAUUUUGCUACAUUUACACAAGAAACGAAUCGAUAAUCAACUAAAUAUCUUACAAAAAGAAAAAAAUGUUUUAGAAACCAUUAGUGAUAAUGACAAUAAUAUGUAUCAGAAUUUGAAAUUACUUAAUCACGAUACUAUAGAAUAUAAUGAAAGCAGUAUAGACAACCUUUUGAGAGAUAUUGAGAAACGUUUUGCAACAACCACAACAAAACAUAUUAAAAAUCCUACCGACAAAAUAGAACAUACAACUGAAAUGUUACAAAUUAUAAAAUUUAAUAGAAGAACAGCUCAAGAAACAACUGAGAAAAACGUACUCGUUGAAACUAUAAUACAAAACAACAACGUAACAAAAGAAAUUUUACAAAAAAUCAAUUUAAAUACUGGCCUACUUCAGAAAUUUCUUGAAAAAUUAUCAACUAGCUUGGUGGUUAAAGCAAAAGAGGCAGAAACUGAGAGAUAUAGAGAGAUAUUACAAGAUGACUGGAAAAAUUUCGCACCAAAUCGAAAGUUAUUUCAGAAGUCAGAAUUUCAAAACAGUACUCAUGAUAUACCGUUUGUCUACGGCUACCAAAAUAAGGCUUACAAUGCAAUAGCCAAUGUAAACAAUGCACCAAUAAGUCAAAAUCCAUCAGAAAAUAUGAUUGAAAACAAUUUAGUUUCGAAAUUUAAUAAAAGUAAAUUUUUUAUUGAUGAUUUAGAAAAGCCUGAGAUAUCUGCUACAAUAAAAGUAAAUGCUACUCAUGAUUAUAAAUUAAAUAUAGAUAAGUAGAUAAAUAAGGGACUUUGUUUGUGACUACUUAAAUAGAAAUUUUGUGUAAAUUGUUAUUUUAUUUAUAAC